GGGACGGCUCUUUUCGGGUGCGAGGCCCUCGGGGUGUUCCGGGUGGACGGCUGUGGAGAUGGGAAAAUGAUCAAGGAACGAAAGGGAUACACCAACGCUCGUUUUGCCUGAGCUGACCCGGCAGCUUUCGUGUUUGCUUGAUCCAGGGGCAGGGGGGAGGAGAUCAUCAUGCUCCACAGCAAGCGGAGUGCGUCCAUCAAGGAGAACCUCAGCAACCUGUGAGAAAACACCUCACUCACCGACACUGUCCCAAGUUGUGUGCUGUGUGUUGUGUGUCUGGCCAUCAGGCAAGUGGCAGCUGACUCCACGCUCUAUGUCGCCAAUCAAGUCAAAGACAUCUCACCGCUACUCACGGUGCGCAUCAGGCAGAUGUCACGUCACUCACUGGUCACCUGCCCACUUGUGUGUGUGCCUGCCUGUGCUGUGCCCCCGUCUGGCGUGUCUGCCUGCAGCAAUAUCCUGCCUUGGGUCCAUGUUUGCUGUCCAACUGCAUGGGCCUCAACCUGGAUGACCUCUACUGCUUCAGCUACCAGCCACAGGCAGGCACACCACACCCUCACACACACACACACACACACAAACAGGAGAGGGCGAUUCUUCAUUCUCGAUGGCUGUCUGUCGACCUUUCCCUCUCUCGCGUCCCGUGCAGCAUCGCAUCGACCCGCUGCUGGAUUCGCGUGGCCUCGUGAGUCCCCACCCCGACCACACCUUUGUAAACAGCCUCAACGCCGACAGCCACCAGCACCGCCCCUUCCACUCGCCCUCAGUGGUGCUCUCACGCAUCAGCCACGCCAAGCCAUCCAUACUGCGUCGCAAGUCGUGGGCGCGUGGCGCCACACCGUGUGCCAGGGGUCUGCUGCCGACCAUCCACGAUGGGAGCAGCCAUCACGACGAUGACUCGAACAGUAGCAACAGCCCAGUGGCAGUGGUGUCACCACUGCAGCAGAAGGUGCUCGCCGCGGCCGAGAGGUUCGGCGCCGACGUCGUGGACAACACGUCCUCUGCGUCCCGUGGCCUGAGGCACGCAGCGACCGACGACAAUGUGGCGGCGGUGCCGCAGACGCCCAUCUCGCUGGGGCUGCCCAUCCGCGACAGGAGGUCAUCUCUGCCGACGGGCCCGUCGUUCGGGUCGCUGCGUGACGACGACAGCGACGAGCCCAGGACAGAUGACGCCAGGGCGCUGGAGAGGAUCAGUGAUUUGUCCAGCAACAACCCCAUCAAGCGACCCAACUUCAGGAGGUAGGUAGGGAUGGAUGGAGGAAGACCGAAACCGGCGGAAGCAGACGAGAAAGAAGCCUUUGUUUCGUUCAUUGCUACUCACUCAGGUGCCCGGUGCCGCGUAGCGUGGCGGAGUUUCCUGGGCAGCUGCCUCUUGGGGCCGGGCCUGGCGGCUCCCUCCACACAGUGUCGUUCGUCCUGCCGACGGAGGACCGGCGAGACCCCUCCGACAGGUCCACGUCGUCCCGCACGUCUGACGGCGACAGCGGCUCGUCGCCCACUGCCUCCACCAGCCCCACACAGCCAUCAACGGCAGCCGAUGCGCCAUUCAAGACCUCCCACGCCCUGCAUCAGUAUGGGGGCGAGCAGGUGCCCAGCUCGCUGGACUUCAGCAGCGACCACUUCGUCGGUUUGUUCUCGCGAGAGGCGCGGCAGCUCAAGGGCCACGAGUGGCCGUCGAUACCGGCGCUCAAUGAGCAGAUGGCGCAUGUGAUACUGCACAGCUGCCCGACAGUGGCGUACCUGGGGAGCUGCAAGCACGAGCGGCUGACGGCCUGCUCCACCAGGAGGCGUGAGGAUGAGGGGUGCAGCGGCGAUGAGGACAUGUGUGGGAUUGCGAGGGCCCCUUCUCCCUCACCUGAGUCGGAUGCAGUGCAGCCACUGUGUCUGGACCAGGUAUGUACGCAACCACCCACAUGCCGAACAGCCCGACAGAUGCACACACAAACUUGUAUGUGAUGUGAUGGUCAGCGAUGGUUUUGCCGUUGGGUGCUGGUGCGCAAGCAGCGCAUCAGUGACAGCGCCACCAACCCCACAUACCUCUUCCGGUUCGCGUCGGUCCACGCCACUCGCUCCCUCCAGAUAGCCGUCGGGCAGCACGUGUGUGUGCGGCUGUGGAGCCGCCACCAGCACAAGUGGGUGGAGAGGUACUACACCCCCAUCUUCUCGUGCUGCCCCACCCUGGCCUGCUCCACCAGCCCACUGGUCAGGCGACACGUGGGGGCCGCUGACGCCCCUCAGAGCCCACCCAGCCCUCCAGCAGAGCUGCCGGUACGGAUGGACACAGACACGGACAUAUCGUAUCGCACACACCCCAUGGAUGUCUGGAUGCUGUGGCGGGGUGUGUGCAAUGCAGCUGGGCGGUAGUGUGCCGGUCGGUUUGGAGAUCGGGUCUUCGGACCAGUCGUCUGUGCGGCGUCCCCUGCUGUCGUCUGCGACGUGCGACGCCACUCCGGCGAGCACGAGCGGCAACACCACCUGGUCGCAUUGCGACAUCCACGGGUGCGAGAGCAACUCGAGCAGGGAGACCGGCGACAUGGCCGAGGCACCUGCUGACGGAGGGGAGGGGGUGGAGGAGGAGCUGCAGCCGCCUGAUGCCGAUGCAGCGGCGGACCAUCACAGCAAGAUGCGCAGUCGGAGCCACAGCGCGCCCCUGGGUGUGACGGCCACCAUGAGCCCUGGGCAGCUGGAGUUGAUGGUCAAGAUCUUCCCGGACGGCGAGAUGACCAGCCAGCUGCAGCAGCUGGUCCCGGGCGACAGCGUCCAGAUCAAAGGGCCGUUCGGCAUAGACCUCAUGGCCAACCCCCUGGAGCAGCCGUGGCGGCGUGUGCUGCUGGUGGGUGGGGGCGUGGGCAUCACCCCACUCCUGCAGAUUCUGCAGCACGCCUUCACUCACUGGCACCUGCCGACGCGCGACCCCUCCCAGCCCCCCUCCGCCCCGCCAUCACUCCCGCGCGACUGCCCGGCCAUUCUGUUCGUGCAGAUCGAGGACACCGAGGGCGAUGUGGCGCUGCAGGAUGAGCUCGACCACUUGGCCAAGGUGCACCCCACCUUCAUGGUGCAGCGGCACGUGCUCCAGCCGUCCGGUGACGGCGAGGGCAGCGGCCGGUCGGGCGGGUCGGGGUCGACGGACGCCAAGAAGAACCCUUUGACCAAGGCGAUCUUCGAUGGCUACCUGCAGGUGGGUGCCUCAGUGUGAGGGAGGGGGGCGGGGGAUGCGGCUUUGGUCAUACUAGGUCCAUUAUGUUGUGUGUUGUGUGUUGUGCAGCGUCUGUGGUCGGUGGUGGGUGGCGAGGGCAUGCGUGGCGCCCGUGACAGGGCCUUUAUCUGCGGCCCUUGCCCCUUCCAGAAGUACAUCGUGUCGCUGAUGGACCCGGACGUCAUCUCGCCCAAGUGCAUCUUCACCAUCUGAUGGAUGGAUGGGUGUAUGUAUGUAUCGUGAUGAAUUGAUGUGUUGAUGUUUCUCGUUCGUAUAUGGGCAUGUGUAGGGGUAUUUUGCGGUGUGCGCGAUGGAUGCGAUGCGAUGCGAUGCGUAUGUUAGCCAGCCAGCCAGCUAGCAAUCGACCGGAGCGAGAGCCCACAAACACUCACUCAUACUCACUCACACUCACUCGCUUGUUCACCUAACUACAUGUGUGUGUAUAGUCAGUCGGCUCCCGAGUCUCUUGUGUGGUUGAAUGUGUACAUGUAUGUCUGUGGGUGGGUGGGGGAUAUUUCUUCUCUGCGUACUUGCUGCCUGUUUCUUUGCUUGCUUGCUUGCUUGUGUGUCCGUUGUGUGUGGGGGGUAUUUCCUUGUACCUUGUAUCCUUGUAUUCUUGUAUUCUUGUCCAGCCAGCUACUGCGCGACAGCACAGAAAUCCUUUCGCGACGCCACUCACCCAUCCCAUCCCCCGCUGUGCUACCUACCUACCUGUCUUGUUCGAGACGUGUCCAUCAGUGCAGUCAGUAUUUUGUUUUGCUCUGAUUAUUUUACUGGGG